GUUUCCAAAAUUUUGUUGUAAUCUUUGUAUGGUCCAUAAUUGUAUGAUUAUUUCAAAAAGUUAGCGAAUUUUUGAGGAUUUAGGGUUUCAUAAUCGCAUUUUGGGGGUUUAAGCCAUCUUCCAGAUUUCUGAUAGAUUCGCUUAUUUGAAUUUUCGUGUAAAAAUGGAAGAAGAAGAAGAUCAAUUAGUGAACAGUCCGAGAAGAUUCUUAAGAUUGAAUCAAGAAGCUGGUAAAGUACACGGAACAAAACCUUGUGAGGUUUAUGGAUUUGUAGGAACCAUUUCGAUUGUUGUUGCCACUGUGAUCUUCUUGAUUUGGGCUUAUGUACCAGAUAAGUUCUUAGAGUCUUUAGGUAUUUAUUACUACCCGAGCAAGUACUGGGCUAUGGCGAUGCCGAUGUAUUUGAUGGUGACUCUGUUGUUAGCUUUGGUGUUUUACAUUGGUCUCAACUUCAUGUCUACUUCAACCACAACCUCUUUCAAUACUUUGUUUGAUGAGUACAGCAGAGAAGAUGUGGAUUUUCUUCUUUUGAUGAAGAAUGGGGAUGAUAGGCCAAUUGAUCCAAUCUCUGACAUUGAUAUUACAAGAAUCAACGAUCUUAUGUUCGAUUCGAAUCUUGUCAAGUGAUGGCCUUUGUUCGAAUUUCGCUGAGGUAAGUAAUAGGAACAAAUUAGUGUUCAUCAAAUUCAAAGGAAAAGCCGGACCAUUUGGUAUUACUAUGUUGAAGAUUUGAUGUUUGUUUUUGUGUAUAUGUCUCUGUUUGUACAUUUAGAGUGUUGUUGUGAAGCACAUAUGAGAAUUGUGUGCGAAUGAUUCAGGCUUUAGAAUCUUGUGGAGAGAUAUUGAUUUUGGUGUUUACAUGAAAAAACAUUUUUGCUUCUU